AAGGGAGGAAAAGAAAAACGAAAAUCCUCAAAAUCACUGUCUGGCUGCCAGUUUCGUCCUUUGGCCGGUGACGCUGGUGCGUCCGAGACAAGACAAAAGGGGCUUGCCGAGGAUAUUUAGAUGUAAUUUUACAUUUGAGUUUGGGGAUGGUGCUAUAUAAAGACGCCAAUACUCACCCAUCUUUGCAUCUCUAGAGUUGUAAGUCGAAGAAAGGAGGAGCUGAAUCCUAUAUAUAUAAACCAGCCCUGCGAACCCCAGCCACUACCAUUGCAGCACGGUGUCACCGGAGCAGGGUUCAGUCUUUUGUUAGUUGGGGAUUGUCAAAGACAAUGAAGUACGUUUUAGUGACGGGUGGAGUGGUAAGCGGUCUCGGGAAAGGAGUGACUGCCAGUAGUAUUGGAUUGAUUCUCAAGGCCUGCGGACUUCGAGUUACUUCCAUCAAGAUAGAUCCUUAUUUGAACACAGAUGCUGGAACGAUGUCCCCUUUUGAGCAUGGGGAAGUGUAUGUCUUAGAUGAUGGUGGAGAGGUGGACCUGGACCUUGGAAACUAUGAGCGAUUUCUAGAUAUCAAGUUGACCCGUGAUAAUAAUAUCACCACUGGGAAGAUUUACCAGUCUGUUAUUGACAAAGAGAGAAGAGGGGAUUAUUUGGGAAAAACUGUCCAGGUUGUUCCUCACAUCACGGAUGCCAUUCAAGAGUGGGUUGAGCGUGUAGCAAAGAUACCGGUGGAUGGGGAAGAAGGUCCAGCUGAUGUUUGUGUCAUAGAAUUGGGUGGAACUAUAGGAGACAUUGAAUCAAUGCCAUUUAUUGAGGCUCUUGGGCAGUUCUCUUACCGCGUAGGUGCUGGAAACUUCUGCUUGAUUCAUGUCAGCCUUGUGCCCGUUCUAAGUGUAGUUGGUGAACAGAAAACAAAGCCUACACAGCAUAGUGUUCGGGGACUGAGAGGCCUUGGCUUGGCACCAAAUAUCUUAGCCUGUCGCAGCACAACGGCACUUGAUGAAAAUGUGAAGGCGAAGCUCUCCCAAUUUUGCCAUGUCUCGGCAGAAAACAUCAUCACUCUAUAUGAUGUUUCCAACAUCUGGCACAUCCCUUUGCUUUUACGAGAUCAGAAGGCACAUGAAGCAAUCUUGAAAGUGUUGAACCUUCUAAGUGUUGCUGGGGAGCCAUGUUUAGAGGAAUGGACUUCUAGGGCUGAACUCUAUGACAUGUUACAUGAGCGAGUGAGAAUUGCCAUGGUUGGAAAGUAUACAGGCCUUUCUGAUUCUUACCUCUCUGUAAUAAAGGCUCUUCUGCACGCUUCUGUUGCCCAAGGCAAGAAACUCAUUGUGGAUUGGGUUCCAGCCUGUGACCUUGAACCUGAAACAGCAAAAGAGAAUCCUGAUGUUUACAAUGCUGCAUGGAAUUUGUUGAAGGCUGCAGAUGGGGUCCUGGUUCCAGGAGGUUUUGGUGACAGAGGUGUUCAAGGGAAAAUUCUUGCCACCAAGUAUGCCCGAGAAAACAGAAUUCCAUUCCUUGGUAUUUGUCUAGGAAUGCAAAUUGCUGUUAUUGAGUUUGCUCGAUCUGUUCUUGGUCUGAAAGAUGCAAACAGCACUGAGUUUGACCCCAACACCAAGAAUCCCUGUGUUAUAUUCAUGCCUGAGGGCUCAACAACCCACAUGGGAGGAACCAUGCGUUUGGGAUCAAGGAGGACAUAUUUCCAGGUUAUGGACUGCAAAUCUGCAAAGCUAUAUGGCAAUAGGGGCUUCAUUGAUGAGCGACAUCGACAUAGAUAUGAGGUGAAUCCUAACAUGGUGACGCAUCUUGAAAAUUCCGGUCUUUCAUUCACUGGAAAAGAUGCAAGUGGUCAACGUAUGGAGAUUGUUGAGUUGCCUAAUCAUCCAUACUUUGUUGGAGUCCAAUUCCAUCCUGAAUUUAAAUCAAGACCUGGAAAACCUUCUGCUCUAUUUUUAGGGCUCAUAGCAGCAGCAUGUGGGCAGUUGGAUAGUGUUUUAAAGGAGGAUCGAUUCAGCCAAAAAAUAGGGACAGGGAAAGGAGGAAUGAGCAAUGGUACUAAAAUGGUGAAAACAUACCAAAAUGGAUCUCCGACUAAGCCUGCUAAUGGAUCAUUUGAUGAUGUUUACCGCAAUUGUAAUGGUGUUCAGGUUUAAAGGGGAGGCCGAGUUUGGUGCCUUUUUACUUUAGGGUCUUUCCUACGUGGUUUGCUGAAUAUCAAGGACAUUAUGACGCUGUACAGUCAUCUGAGUAUGGGUUGGUCAUAGGCUCUCUCUCUAAAGGGCUCGUACAUACAAGGAAGCUGGAUUCCGAACUUUUAUACGGAACAGCCAGUUGUAUUUUGCAGUUGCGUUGUAACGAGAAGAUGGGAGUUUUUCAUUUUUAAUUUUAAUUCCAAUUUCCUUUUUUUUUUUUUUUCUUAGGAUGAUGUUGAUUUCCUUUUCUAUUCUGCAGUUGCUAUCCUA